AUGUCGAUGAAAAAACUUUCGAGCCCUAAUAUCCAGGAUAUGCUUAAGGAUGCCUCCUGGCUCUUUAGUGAGAAUUAUGGAAUCUGGGGCCAGUUGCCUCCUGGUGGAUGCUCCUUCGGUAAGCUAGGUGAGUGA